ACUAGUGGUGCGUGUAUUUAUAUCCAGAUUUUUUUUUUUUUUUUUUUUGUCGACGUGGAAGAAACUGUGUGACACUUUGUGUUCGUGCAUUGGAUUUUUAUAUGUUGUGGAUCGUUUGGACGUUAUUUUAAGGAUGGCAUGAUGACGUUAUCAAUCUUCUAAACAAAAUCAUUGCCAGGCUUCAUUUGCGUAUGCCCAGCCAAUGAAGUUAUAUUUUUGUGCUUCUACUUGAAAUGAAUGUAUCUCCUAUUGUCAACUUGGAAAGGAUUGAUGAGUCUAAUUUUCAACUACCAUUUCAGUUUACCAAGUGCCUUAAUGAAUUACAGCCCAGGGAGUCCAUCACCGACUACCUAGAUGAGCUAGCAGCUUAUAUUUCUGCUAGUGCCUCUGACAUGUGUUCCCUCUCUGUCAACCCUGACAAGUGUGCCAUACUGCAGGAAACAGUCAACCAAAUCCGUCAAAUUAAACUUGAAGAGUGUGGUUCAUGUGAUGAGCUUCAAAAAAGUGAAGUAUCCUCCAGUAAACCAAACUACGUUAACUCUGAUGUUGUAGGUCCACUUUUACUUCACGCAUUAAACGGUUUCUUGUUUAUGGUGAACACAGAUGGCAAGAUAGAAUAUGUAACAGCCAAUGUGAAAUCAUUUCUAAAAUAUUCACAAGAAAACCUCAUUGAUAAAAGUAUUUAUAAUAUCAUUCAUGUUGGAGACCACGCCCGAUUUAGCAGUAACUUAUUGCCUAUGUCCAUAGGUAAUGGGUUUGGCUGGUCUGAACCAAACGCAUCAGUUCGAAAAAAUUCCUUCAAUUGCCGCUUCCUGAUCAAACCUCCUGAAGAUCAGGAAGAAACUAUGGAAGAGAAGCAAACUCGUGUAUCUCAGUAUGAAAACAUGCAAAUCUCAGCACUGCUAGUUCCAUAUGGGAGAGAAAAGAAUGAAAACAAUGACAUUGACUCUGACAUUCAGAAUCAUCUAGUUUGUGUAGCCAGACGCAUCCCUCAGAGUGAAAAAAGCAAUUUCACUGUAGAGCAAUUCCAAACACGAUUAGAUUUUCGAGGCAAAAUAAUCUCAGUGGAUACCAGUUGCGUAUCUGCAUCAUACAGUCAGUACAUAAAUAAAGAUCUUGCAGGGAGAAGAAUUCAAGAUAUAUGUUAUCAUGAAGACUUUCCUAAGCUUAAUCAACACUUAAAAGAAACCCUCCAGCAAGGGAGCAACACCAGUGGCAUUUAUAGAUUACGAUUAGCUCACGAGAAAAUUCUAUACGUACAGAGCAAAAGUAAACGUUACAGCCCUAUGGCUAGUGACCAAGAAAUUAUUAUUUCAAACCACUCUAUUAUAAGGGAUAGUGACCAUUGCUUAGAAAACAAUGUGGUAAAUCCUCAGCGGAGUAACCCUUCACUAUCCAGUGGCAACAUUGUCCCCUCCCUAGCCAGCAAUAUGAAUGGCAACUCCUACUCCUUUUCUGCUCUUAGUCCACAAGAGUUUAACCUCAAUGACAUUGGACUUGACUUUUUACCCUCUUCCAGCUGGGAUCUGGGAAGUGGAGAAGAGCAGAAUAUGGGUGAUGGGGGCGGCAAUCACCCAAUUGGUGGUCCAUCUCCUCCUGCCAGCAGCAGCAGCAUCAAUUCUGUUGCUGCUCAACGAACUCAGAACACUUCAGGCAGUGCCUUCAGUCCAGAACUGCGAUCUCCUGCGCAGGUCAGUGCGACAAACAGUCCUGCGCCAGGCAGGGCUACGCCCUUCUCGAACACGUUUCCAUUCAGCCCUGUGUCUUCACAGACAGUCAGUCGGACUAACUCUCCUGCGCCGCAGCAGAUAAAGCGCGAGGAGUCUUCUGUCACGAAUAAUGAACUGUCCAGUCUCAGUCCCAUGGGAGACUUGAUGGGUGACACCCACAGCACCUCAAAUACCAACAAUGUCAACCAAAAACUGCGUAAUCUCUUGACUCACGGAACUCAUGGUAUUGAGGAGGCUGAUUCUUCUGUUCCUAAAACAUCCUCCGAAAAGAUGGAGGACAUGAGCACAGAUGGUGAAAAUGAUUUUGUGACUCAUAAUAAUUCUGAUGUCUCAUCCCGAAAUGAGAAUAUUAUUCUUCGUGAACUGUUGAACCAAGAGGAUGAGGAUAUUAGUGAUGAGAACCGAAAUAGUUUACCUUGUGAUUCAAACUGUAAUAUAAAUAUUUCAAAUGAUAUGUGUUCAAAUGAUUCAUUACAAAAAAGGACAGUAAAUAAUAAUAACAUGUUAAGAAAGCUUCUUAACAAUGAUGAUGAUAAAAGCUUUAAGAAAAAUCAAGAUAUUCUAAUACAACAACUUUUGAAGACCGAAGGAAAAGUAUCUGUUGAUGCUAGUUUGUCAACAAAUUCUAAGCCAGGUGUGUCUUCUGGUUUGCCAAAUUCUGCAUUAGAAGUCAUGAAUUCUGUUGUCAAGAGGAAAUCUCCUGACACACCAACAGAAGAAUCAAUUGCAAAAAGACAAGUUCCACAAAAUCAUCAGCAUGCUCAUCUUGCUGGACAAAACCCAAUGCUUGCAUCUAUGUUAGCUCAAACCCCGAAAACUGCUCCUUCCGUUCCAACAAGCAUAGCUAACGCCAUUGUUUCGCAGCUACCUCAAGAAAGACUGCCAAAGAACCUCGAAAAGAAAUUGGUGCACACGCCUUAUACAGGUGCUCCAACCAGUGGCACUAGUUCUGCCUCGAAUAGUCAAUACAGCUUUAGUCAAGUACAAGUUGGUACAAGGAGUUUGCUAUCGACUUCACUCCAGCAAGAAGUGGUUACUGCAGACUCUAGGGGCCAUGUUACAUUGGCACCCCACACCAAUGCCCCCAGUUUCCCUCAAGUUAAUUUUGUCAGUAAAAUGUUACCUACCGGAGAGACAGCUCAGAGUAUGAACUUGCCGAUUGUGAAUUAUGGAAACAAUUUCAAUUCCAAUUCCCAGCAGCAUCAAUCACUACAUUCAGCGAAUAAUUUAUUGUUUGAAAAUCUCACCGAACUGAGUAGUGAUUUGAAUGCCGGACAUGCUGCUGAUCCUCUGCUGUCCGAUAUUCUUGACCAAGUUUGGAGUAUGGAGCAGGAUAUGAACUUGGAUAGCACGUCCUCUGAUGACACCAUAUUUAAGUUACUAGAAGAUAUUCCUGAUCCUACACCUGUUGCUAGUCCUCGUCCAGCAUCAACUCAUGAUGUAAAUGAAAAGAUGGCCAUAAAUGCUAUUCAACGGCAACUCAUGAGUUUUGAAAUUCCUGGGGCAUCUCCUAGAAAUUCUCCAAGGUUUCAACAACAAGCAUCUAUGCCCAUGAUUGUACAACAAAAUCAAAUGGCUUCAAAUUCUUAUCAACAAGUAAAUCAGUUCCAGGCAGCUCCACCUGCUUACACUGUAUCUAACCCCAUUCAAAGGACGAGAGCUCCAGGCAUGCAUCCAGUACAGAAUAACAUGGCGCCAACUUCACAGCAAUUGGUUCAGUUGAACACUCAACGUCAAGCUGGUCCUCAGUACACUUCCGUUAAUGAUCUUACACCACAGAUGAGGCGUCAAAUCCUGGAGCGCAGACAACUCUACAUGGCACAGGUACAACAAAAGAGACUACUGUUGCAAAAGCAGCAGUUAGCCUUAAAUACCAGAACAGCUGUAAAUGAAAAUAUGCCAAAUAUACAGUCUCCUGCAUCUUCACCAUUCACUGAAAAUAUAAAUGAUUUAAUGAAUAACACAGUGGCACCUAAUGUCACGUUACAGAGAUCUGCAAGCAUGCCAGAACCACAACUUUCACCUCGGUAUGCCAGUGUUCAGCAACAAAUGGCUGCUCCUCCUCAAAGCCCUCAGCAACUGUCACCUGGUCAGCAGCGACAGCCACCAUCCUUUUCGCCACAGCAACAAGGUUAUCCUGCAGGUUCUGGAGGCUACCCCCCUUCACGGUUAUCUCCUCAUAUGCAACCUCAAGCUGGGGGUCCCACUCAAACGUGGGUUCAGCAGAGGUCUGCACAAAAUCCUGCUAGCCUCCAGCAGCAGAAUCCCAUGUUAAAUGCACAACUUUCACAGGCAAGGUUUUCCGCCCAACAACAGCAGCAGACUCGUCAAAUUGUUGUUCGUUCAAUGCCUAGUCCUGGCUCUAGGAACUCUCCUUACUCUAAUCCUCCUGAUUCUCCAUUUCAUCCUCCUUCCCCUGGGGUGACUCUCUAUCAACAACAAGCACCUCAACUGCCUCAGCAACAGCAACAGGCAAACCAGCAGAGAUUACAAAGAGCUGUAUCCAUUCCAAACCGAGUCAAUUCUCCUCGUGGCCUGCCGGCAGGUUUUGGGGGAAAUGACCCUCUUUUGUCUCCUCAACCUUCUCCAGGAAAUUACAACCCUCCAGUAUCCAGCUUUAACUCUAUGCCUGUGUCUACUUCAUCUAGCUAUAAUUCUGACAAUUUUUCCUAUGAGCAGCAAGUUUAUCCUGUUGCAGUUGUAGAUAGAAAUCGAAACAGUGGUGGAAAUGCCAUGACCUCAGAAUAUGUCCGGCAAGAGUUGAGGGCAAUGGUUGGUGCUAGAACCCAACAGCAUCAGGUGCAUCAACAACAAUUAGUCCAACAAAUGCCUCAAGCAGGAUCUCAGUCUACAAAUCAGUCUCUUAGUCAAGCUGAUUUCGAUGCACUUGGAUUCUCUCUUGAUUUGGAUGGCCAACCAUCCUCUCCUGCAUUGUUUCCUCAAUCUCUUCUCAGUGUAGCAGGUGGAAGUGAAAACCAGUCACGCACCAGCAGUCCAAGGUUUCAGUUGGAAGAACAACGUCCCGCUGAGCAAAAGAAAUCCCUACUUCAACAAUUGCUGUCAGAGCCACCAUGAAAUUAUUUUUGAUUUAGGACAAGAAGUGUACAGUGAGUAAAGUUGGCUGAAAUACGCUUUUGUUUGAUUUUUAUGCCCGGCGCAAUUUCUGGUUGUUGGACUAGUAAUGUGCAUGGGGCUUUGUGACAACUUUAUUUACAACUGAACUGAAGUGAAAAGCCCCUUGGGAUCAUUCAAUUCUCAGGAACAGAGCAUGUGUUUAAUGCUUCUUACCUUUUCUCGGCUCGGAGAGAAACAGACAUUGGAUAUGAAUUUUCGGCUGUGCGAGAGAUUCUUGAUUUAUACUAACAAAAAAGUGUACAUAUGCAUAUAUAUUGUAUACAGUCCUGUAUACUUCAUUGUAAUAUUAGCAGUUGCACAGUGCUCCAUGAUCACCUAGAAUAUGCUGUUAAAAAAAAGCUAUUUUCUGCAUUGUAUUUGGCUGAAAAAAUUGUAUAGCAUGUUUGUUGUGUUUGUGUGCAUGUGUAUGUGAAAGUGUAAAUAUAAAAUACUUAUAAAGAGAUAGAAAUAUUGUAUUUGCUUAGAUUGUUCAUUAUGAACUUAAAGUAUAUGAGAAACAAAUUGUUUUAGUGUGAUUUGGCCUGUGUUCACAAUGAACUGAAGUGAAAAAGGAAUAUGUGAUCUAAUUUGUAUUUGUGGUUUUGUACAAAAAAAAAGUUGUAAUAAUUAUUAAAAAUGUAGAUUAUUGUAGAGUUUACAGUAUGCGAAAAGUAUAUUAAAUUUUGCUUGUACAGAUUGUUAAAAAAAUUAACAUAUUUUUGUAUGCUAAAAUUAUUUUAAAGUAGCAUUUAUUUGAAAAUGAUAUAUAGAUAUAUAUAUAUUUAAUGCGAAGAAAUUAACAAAUAUUUUAUGUUAAACUUCAAAUUUGCACAUUCCAGACAAUACAAGGUAAAGACAUCUAUUCUUGACGCUACACUUAAAGCUGACAUCAAUUAUUUAUAAAACAGUUGUUUGCAGCUGAGAAGGCAAAUAAUUUAGAUGUCUUUGUUUGUUAUCAAGCUGUGACAUCUAAACUAUGUAGCACACUUCUCUGUCUAAUAUUUAAAUAAAUUACUGGUGUCAGCUUCAAAUGUGGUGUAAGGAAUAGAUAGGUUACCUUAUAGUUUUUUUGCUAUACUAUUAUUAUUAUUUUUUUUAAGUUUAAGAUUUUUUGUUGAACUUACUUAAUGAUUUUUUUUUAUUUACAGCAAAAUUAAAAACAUUACAUUUCUGCUAAAUCAUGCAAGAUUUUUCUGACCCUUUUUCAUUCUAUGAUUAAUACAACUAAUGAUACGUUGAAUAUUUUUCUGGAAGAAAAAUUUGAUCUCUUCAUCCUCGUGUAGGAACAUUAAUAAGUGAAUUUAAAUGAAAAUAUUAUACUUCAUAAAUGAUUAAAAUAAUGAUAAAUAAAGCAAAAUGAAAUCUAGGCACUAUGGUUACACAUUAUACAUUACAUUGAUAAAUUGUUGAAACGGUCUUAUCUUCUUUGAUAUAGGUUCCUGAUGUUUUAAAUAGAGUAGUAAAUCUCUUAAACUACAUAAUUUAUCAGAUUUGCCUAUUGCUAAGAUCAAAGUUUAUGAACUUUGUUGCAUUGAAUAAAAGAUAACAUAUUUCUAUGCAAUUUUUAUUAAACUGUUUUAAAAUUUUAAUGACUAUUGAUUAUUUUAGUAAUAAAUUAAAGUCAAUUUUAUGGAAGUUGAAUUUCAUAUAGCUGAAGUCUUGUUGAUAUAAUUAAAAGAUUAUUCAAUAUAAAUUUUAAAAUAUCUUUAUGUCACUACAGGAACUUGUUUUGUCCUAAGGCUUGGGGAGGUCUGCUUUUUUUUUCAGAUGUUUUAAAACUAAUUUCUUUUACAUGAGAAAAAGUGUUUAUAGUACACAAAUAAUUAUGAAGAAUAUUUAUACCCAAAUGCUCAUGCAUAAAAAGUAUAAUUUUAUUUUGUUUUUAAGAUGAUACAUGCCUACACAUUUUUGUGCAUAUUGCUUUCGGAAAGAAUUUCGUAAGUGAUACAAAAAAAAAAAAAAAAAAAAAAAAAGAAACAUUUGAAAUGCAUGUGGUUGAAAAUUGUACCCUAUUAUUAUGUAUUAAAAAGCUGCAGCUCAUUGUGAACACUUACAUGUAUGGUGAAAGUUUGUUAUCAUCAUAAUCUGUUCUGAAAUGAAAUUUGUCUGUGAUUAGUCGCUUCAAAAUUCUACCAAUUUUGAAGAGAAACUUUGUAGAUGAUAAUGGUAACAGUACAAAUAAUAUUUUAAGUUUUUUUAAUUCAUCAUAACAUGAAACUGAUAGUUGUACAUUUUUGAAAAUGUAGUUUCCUUAUCAUUUUUUUUAUUUUAUUUUUAUUGAAGUGAUUGUUAAAAUAAGACUAUAAACAUGUUAAUUUAAAUGAAGAAGAGCAAUUCCAUGGUAGACGUAUCAAUUGUUGGAAAAAAACAAAACACCCUACAAAAAUUGCAAGUAUGUUAGAUCCUUGUUUUAUUGUAUGACUUUUAUUAAAAAAACAUGGACUCUACUUCUAUAUAGUGCAAUUUAAUUUAGGACAUUUCCAGCAACAAUACUUAAUUAUUAUCUUUUUGCUCAGUAAUUUUUGUAUCUCAAAACAUACAUUCAUUACUGAGCAGGAAAAUAUUAUUUCUGGAAACCUUUAAAAUCUAAUUGCAUUAUAUGAAAAUGUACUUCCCUGUUAAGUGCAAAAGUCGUAUCCGCAGUUAAGUUCAAAAUGAAAAACUGUUUUGUAAAGUUUUAGGUGUCCAUAUAUUUGAUUCAGGUUUUCUAUUUUUUAAAAUUUCUUUCAAACAUAUUUCCCACUCACAAAUGACCAUAAAACAUUUUACAUAAGUAAAAUAUGUUAUAACCCUUUUCAGCAAGGGUCGUUAAAAUUUUUGAAAUAUGGUGAAAAAACACUGAGUGGGUGUAACUGUUCAUCUAGACAUAGAUUUUACAAUUAAAAAAAAAAAAAAUCUCAGUGUGUGGUUUCCCCAUUUAUUGACACCUUGGGCUGGAAAAAAUGGUGUUUAUCCAUUUAAAAAUGAAUUAAAAUCUUUUAUGAUGAUGAAAUUGAACAUCUCUGGCAAAAUGAAGUGAAAUAGUGGACUGUUUUAGAACAAAUUUAAAAAUUCAAAUCUUUACAAAAAAAAAAAGAAUUUGGGUUCAAAAAUUAGGGAGAUUCGAACAAGAAAUUGAGACAUCAGAAAAAGCUAUUUUUGAAACGCUACCAUUCAUGAUCGUUAAAAGAGAACAAAAUACUACCUAUGCUGUAAUUUUUAUGGUUUUAAAGAUUGUGGCUUAGUUUACAUCCUUUUUUGUGACUAUUCCAUCAGAAGGGGAUAAAGAGCCACCUUGUGCCAAUUUUGAUUAAAAGUGCAGAUAGGACUUUUGUGCUUAGCAAGGCAGUAUAGUUUAUGUUCUUCAUAAAGUUCCUGUAAUGAAACUAGGAUCUAAUAUAUUUGGAAUUUAAGAGCGUUUUAUGCAACAACAGAUACAUUUCUUACCGUGGAAUUGCCCAAAAGUGCUUGGAUUUGUUAUCCAAGCAUUAUGAAAAUAUAUUAUUAUAUUUAUACUUGUUGACAGUUGUGUAAAAAAUCAGUAUUUAAAUUAUACUGAGAGCUGUUCCUUUUUUCACGAAGUGGCUAAAAUUGAUUGGGGUGAGUGUUAACAUGCACUUGUUAGAGAACUCAAAUGUUUGCUCUAGUCUGUAGCUUUCCCCUUAUUUCCAAUAUCCCUGUUGAGACUUCAUAGUUUAAAUACUGCGUGGCUAAAAACACCAGUCUAUACAUUAAAGUGAGCAAAAGGAAAAACUUCAAGUGAAAAAUGUUUGGUCCAAAAUUUGUAAUAUAACAGCUUUUGUAGAAGUAUUUUAUAAUUUUAUAAAGAAUGAGUCAGUUUAAUACUCCUCGAUACAUUCCCACAACAAUUUGCAGGUUUGAAAUAGAAAAGGGCACACCUAAGAGCUUUUGGGCCUCCAAGACAGCUUGAAAGUGCAUUAUUUUUUAGGAAGGUAACUGAUGCUGGGCAAUAUUUAGCAAUCGGGAGGCUUUCAUUUGAACCAAAUAACAAUAGUUGUACAUUUUUUCAGUUAUCUAUGAAUCUUGUUCAUGUUGUUUUUGUCCUUUUAAUAUCCCUGUUUAUUGAUUAUGGAAAUUUAUAUUUUGUAAUACUUGGUCAGUCUUGUGAUGCAUUAAAGGUUAUGCGUCCUCUUAUUGAGCUAUCUAUUUAAUUUCAGAAUUUUCAAAUAGUUGUGCAUAUUAGUAUGCAUAGAUGUCAAUUCUUGGUCAAGAUAUGAAGUUUUAUAUAUGAAAAAAAUGUGGUUAAUUUUAUGAAUAUUAUAACGGUUAUUAUAGUGAUAAUGGUAAAAUAGUUAAAAUGCUGGGAAAGUAUCGUAGUGCCCUCUGAUAACACAAGUUUCAAUGAAUAUCAAUAACUUUCCUUGAUUUACAAAGCAUAAAUAGAAUCAUGAUAAAAGACAAACUUAUAACUUUCUUUGUAAUUAUCAAACUUGAAACCUUGAGCGACAUUGUUUCAAAAAAAAAAAGGAUACAAAUUUAUUGUGUGUUUAAGAGGUUACUUCAAGCUAUCAUUUAAAACACUCAUAUGCUUAAUGUGAGGUAGAAAAUGAGAAGCUUUUUUAUUUUUUCAAAGAGCUAAUCGGAACUUUUGUAAUUCUACCGAAGUACUAAACUACUGCUGCAAACCAUUUUUUUUUUCUUUCAGCCCUACGAAAAUAGUUUUUUCUUCUUUCUAACGUAUUUUCUAUAUAAAACCAAAUUUUUCAUAUGUGUAAAAAAUACCUUAUUUUAUUCUACUUGUCAUCCGUUUUUACGAUUAAUUUUAUUUCUUUUAGUUCAAAUGCUUCUUAGUGAGGUAAUCAUAGUACUAAUUAAUAUACUAAUAUUAACUGUGAAAUACGAAUAACAAGAUUCAUGGAUAUACUGAACUAUAUAUAGUAAAUGAUAGAAAACCAAAAAGUGUCCCAUAACUUAGUGUGUGAUAAAUUAAAGCCUUCUUUAGGUGCAGUAAAUUAUUAUUUAAAUGGGAGAAGUUAAAUAUUUUUAUAAAUAAUUCUAUACAGUGCAACAGUUCUAGAGCUUGUUCAAAAUGCUGAUGUUAUGUUCAUGUCUAAUGGCCCCAUUUUAAUCUCUUGUUAAAAAUAUUCUAUUUGGUUGAAUGUUACUUUUCAUAUAACUUGAUUGUAGUUAUAGCUUCAAUGAAGAAAAUGUUAGCAUUUGACUGUUUACUCUCAAAUCCAUUAAGUGAUAAGUAAUGGUCCAAAAAAACCUAAUGCCAAAAGAAUUAUUUAGCUUAGCUGUGAAUGGUGCAUUUUUUAUUAUAGCUGUGCAUGACAAAGAAUAUUUCUCAAGAAAUAUUUUUAUAAUAGAAUUAAAUUGCUAUACUUAUAGGUCAAUGCAAAAUCCGAACUAAACUUUCAAUUCACUAUUUUGAAAAAGCUGGAACUGCGAGUUAAGUGACCCAAAUUCCAUAGUUUGGAUGAUCGACUAAAACUUUAAUCGAAUGUUGGAUUUUGAAAGUAGUUCUAGCAUUAAGAAACAUGAAUUACAUCGCUUGUAGUGUUUAGUUUUGGUGAACUUUCCGUGAGAGCCUAUAUUUAUAUAUUAGUGAAUAAAUCAAGGAUAGCAUUAGAUUUGUCAAAAAAUUGAAAAAAUGAAAUUAGCAUGGUGCCUUGUUGAAAUAUUUCAUAUAGUAAAUCAUUUUCAUAAGUGCUCUAACUUUAUUUUGGAAUGGCUUUUUAAAGCAAGUUUGAAAAUCUAGCACCAAGUUAAGCAGCCAAUAUAUAAACACUGUUGCUGGAAGAUCAAACAAAUGUAUUAAAUUUUAUAGAACAUGUAAUUUAGGGAUCAACGAGCAAAAAUAACUUCUUCGCCCUUUGCAAUAAUAUCUCUUUUUAUGCGUAAAAUAUUUGUGUUGCUCCUUUACUAAUGCUAGUUGAAGAACAAUGAAAAUUUUUAAAACUCAUGCACAUAAACAAAAAUUUAAUUAUCUCGUAAAAGUGGGGGGGGGGGAGAAUAUUUUAUUUUGCAAUAUAAAUUUAAUCAUAUAUGCAAUGUGUAUAUACAUCUUUUUUUUUAAUUGGGAAGUUUAAAAAAAAAAUUUAACUGCAUUGUUUUAAUGAUUUAUUUACUAUUUCAAACACUUUCUUCAGAAAAAAAAUUGAAUGACUAUUUAAAUUUUUAUUUUGAAAAGAUUUUACCAACGUCAUUUCAAAUCCUAAAAUUUUGCCAUAAUACUUCUGUAAUUUUUUAAUUAUAUUAAGUGAAGAUGUUAACCUCUUUAGUGUAAGUUAUUGAAAAGAAAAGCAUGAUGAAGUUGAAAUAAUUAUUUUUAAAAUCCUUUAAUUUUAUAUUUUCCUUUCGAUCAAGAACCAUAACUCAGAUCUUAAAACGCAUAGAUUUAUUUUUAAAAAAACGGACACAAACAGCAUAGUUAGUUAUUCAGGAAAAAUUUUACUUGUGUCUUCCAGUACAGUCUUAGCUGAUAUUGAUUUCCCCCGUUAUUAUUGCUCCAUUCUCGUUUACCCUCCUGCCCUUCUAGCCCUCAGUUUUAGAGAAAAGUAAAAAGGAUUAAUAUUUUUGUAAAUUAUUUUAAAAUGCGUGGAACUACCUAGGAGAGUUGAUUAUUUUUCAAGAAUCAUAAACAGUUGUUAGUAUCAUUUGUUUUCACUCAUUGUGUAAAACCUUCAUCUUUGUAUAGUAUGUUUAGUGCAAAUUGAACCACGAAGCACCCAAUUAGAAUAAGCACCCAAUUUUACUGCUACCAGGCAUAUACUGUCUGUGUGCACAUGUGCAUACAUAACAUGAUUGUAGACCUGGUUGAUGAAGUGACCAGUGAUUAAAUUAUUAGUUCUGUCAUUGUAUAUUCUAUGUGACCACAAAGAACUGCAGUAUUUGUUUUUCUGGGAAUGUGAAAACUGCUUAGUCGUAUGGGAAACAUUUUGAAUAUAAAAACAAAUUGGUCAUAUAAAACGCUUUUUGUAUAGUUUGAAUUCAUCCUCAUUUAAUAUUCUCAGAUUAACUGUGAAUUAAUAAAAUGGGUUUAUAUACUGUU